AUGGCUGAUCCAAAACCUGAGGAAAUAAGUCAUCCUCCAAUGGACCAACUUCAAGGCUUAGAGUAUUGUAUUGAUUCUAAUCCUUCUUGGGGGGAAGCAAUAGCACUGGGAUUUCAGCACUAUAUUUUGGCACUGGGGACCGCCGUGAUGAUUCCUUCGUUUCUUGUUCCUUUGAUGGGUGGAACUGAUGGUGAUAAAGUGAGAGUAGUGCAGACUCUGCUGUUUGUUGAAGGUAUAAAUACACUGUUACAAACACUUUUUGGAACAAGAUUGCCAACAGUCAUUGGAGGUUCAUGGGCAUUCAUGGUGCCUAUAGUUUCAAUAAUUCACGAUUCAUCCUUGGAAAGAAUCCCCGACCCUCACGCCAGAUUCCUUAGUACAAUGCGGGCAAUCCAGGGUGCACUCAUAGUAGCAUCAAGCGUGCAGAUUAUUUUGGGUUAUAGUCAGCUGUGGGCUAUCUGUUCCAGGUUUUUCAGCCCACUUGGAACGGCUCCAGUAAUUGCACUUGUGGGUCUCGGUCUACUUGAUAGAGGAUUCCCUGUGGUUGGACGAUGUGUGGAGAUUGGCAUUCCGAUGCUCAUCUUAUUUGUUGCCUUCUCUCAGUACCUGAAACACUUCCAAAUGAAACAAGUACCAGUAUUGGAGAGAUUUGCUUUUCUCAUCUCAGUUACAGUAAUCUGGGCUUACGCUCACCUCCUUACAGCCAGUGGCACAUAUAAGCAUCGUCCAGAAUUAACUCAAAAGAAUUGUCGGACUGAUAGAUCAAACCUCAUCUCGACUGCACCAUGGAUCAAAAUUCCUUACCCUCUUGAGUGGGGUGCACCUACCUUUGACGCUGGUCAUGCAUUUGGAAUGAUGGCUGCCGUGCUAGUCUCCAUGAUUGAGUCAACUGGAGCAUAUAAGGCAGCAUCUCGAUUAGCAAGUGCUACACCUCCUCCUGCUCACGUGCUUAGCCGUGGAAUUGGCUGGCAGGGCAUUGGGAUUCUAUUGGAUGGACUAUUCGGGACAGUCACUGGAUCUACCGUUUCUGUGGAAAAUAUUGGUCUUCUUGGAAGCACUCGUGUUGGCAGCCGCAGGGUAAUCCAAAUUUCUGCUGGAUUCAUGAUCUUCUUCUCAAUAUUAGGAAAAUUUGGAGCAUUGUUUGCAUCAAUACCUUUCACAAUCUUUGCAGCUGUGUAUUGUGUUAUGUUUGGUCUUGUUGCUUCUGUAGGGUUGUCGUUCUUGCAAUUCACAAACAUGAACUCGUUGAGAAACCUCUUCAUCACUGGUGUUUCCCUCUUCCUAGGCUUAUCUAUCCCUGAGUAUUUCAGGGAAUACACUACAGCUGCUCUUCAUGGCCCUGCACACACAAACGCUGGAUGGUUCAACGAUUUCCUAAACACCAUCUUCUUAUCCUCCCCGACUGUUGCCCUACUUGUUGCUGUAUUCCUGGACAACACGCUUGACAUUAAAGACAAUGCUAGAGAUCGAGGAAUGCCAUGGUGGGCCAAGUUCAGAACGUUCAAGGGAGACAGUCGGAAUGAAGAGUUUUACACUCUUCCGUUCAAUCUCAACCGGUUCUUCCCUCCAUCAUGA